GCGGGGCGCGCCGCCCGCGCCGGGCAGAUGCCGAUCGAGAUCGUUUGCAAAAUCAAAUUUGCCGAGGAGGAUGAGAAGCAGAAGGAGGAGGAGGAAGGCGACCGGGAGAGCCUGCUGGAGGAGCCCGGGCGCCCGCGCUCCCGCGACCUGGCCACCUUCGCCGGCACCAGCACCCUGCACGGCCUCGGCCACAUCUGCGGGUCAGGGCGCCUGGGCGUGCGGCAGAGCCUCUGGGCACUGGCCUUCCUGGCCUCGCUGGCCUUCUUCCUGUACCAGGCGGCCAAGUCGGCACUGCUGUACCUGGAGCACCCGCGCGUCACGGCGCUGGACGAGGAGGCCAUCCGGGAGAUGGUGUUCCCCGCCGUCACCCUCUGCAACAUCAACCGCUUCCGGCACUCGGCGCUCACCGACGCCGACAUCUUCCACCUGGCCAACAUGACGGGGCUGCCGCCCAAGGACCGCGACGGCCACAAGGCCGCCGACCUGCUCUACCCCGACCCCGACAUGGCCGACAUCGUCAACCGCACCGGACACCAGCUGCACGACAUGCUCAAGAGCUGCAACUUCAGCGGCGAGAACUGCUCGGCCCACGACUUCGCCGUGGUCUACACACGCUACGGGAAGUGCUACACCUUCAAUGGGGACCGGAGGAACCCACGCGUGGCCCGGCAGGGCGGCAUGGGCAACGGGCUGGAGAUCAUGCUGGACAUCCAGCAGGAGGAAUACCUGCCCAUCUGGAGGGAAACCAACGAGACGUCCUUCGAGGCCGGGAUCCGGGUGCAGAUCCACAGCCAGGACGAGCCGCCCUACAUCCACCAGCUCGGCUUCGGCGUCUCCCCCGGCUUCCAGACCUUCGUGUCGUGCCAGGAGCAGCGGCUCACAUACCUGCCCCAGCCAUGGGGCAGCUGCCGGGCCAGAGUGCCGGGGGAGCAGACGCUGCCGGGCUACGAGACCUACAGCAUCGCUGCCUGCCGCCUGCAGUGCGAGAAGGAGGCCGUGGUGCACAGCUGCCACUGCCGCAUGGUCCACAUGCCAGGGAACGAGUCCAUCUGCUCCCCCAAUGUGUACAUCGAGUGUGCCGACCACACGCUGGACAUGGUGGUGGAGGACACGCGGGAGCUGUGCAGCUGCCCCACACCCUGCAACCUGACGCGCUACGGCAAGGAGAUCUCCAUGGUGCGCAUCCCCAACAAGGGCUCAGCCCGCUACCUCGCCCGCAAGUACAACCGCAAUGAGACCUACAUCCGAGAGAACUUCCUGGUGCUGGACAUCUUCUUUGAGGCGCUGAACUAUGAGGCCAUCGAGCAGAAGAAGGCCUACGACCUGGCCGGGCUGCUGGGUGACAUUGGGGGGCAGAUGGGGCUGUUCAUUGGCGCCAGCAUCCUCACUGUCCUGGAGAUCCUGGACUACAUGUACGAGGUGAUCCGGGACAGGGUGAACCGUGCCCUGCGCCGCUCCAAGCCGCCCCUGAAGAAGCCGUCGGGCAGCAUCGCCACGCUGGGCCUCGAGGAGCUCAAGGACCAGAGCCCCUGCGAGACGCUGGGCCGGCACGUGGAAGGCGCCUACACCGCCGGGAUCCUGCCCAACCACCACCACCGCCACCACUACUCCCACCAGGGCGUCUUCGAGGACUUUGCCUGCUAGGCCGGGCCGCACCGCCCAAACCCGCGCCCGGCUCCGUGCGCACGGGGCUGCCCCGCUCCCGUCCAGGCCGGCGCGGCCCUGACCCCACCAGCCUCCUGCGCUGCCCAGAGACGCCGCCGAGGCCCUGCCCGGGGACUCCUCCCGCCCAGCCCUGCGCCGGCACCCGGGGCCGGCCCCGUCUCCAAGCACACGGCGCGGCGCAGACGGACGGAGCGGCGCAGCAGGGCAGAGCGAGGGGCCAGCCUGGCGCCGAGACCGGGGCCCAGGGGACAGAGCCGCUGGCUGCAGGCGGGGGAGCAAUGCAGAUGGGGGAGGCAGUAGAUGUGUUGCAUGCGUGGUGGGUUGGCCUUUUGGGGGUGCCUCCCGCCCUGCAGCCCCAGGCUGGAUGGGCAUUGCCCCCCACGCAGCGCCCCACUGCCGCGGAGGAGUUCACCCCGACCUCGACAGGCAGAGAUGCAGCCUGACCCUGGGAAGAGCCCCUGCGUGGCAGCCCCGUGGCUCCUGGGAGGCCGGCACCCGUGGGCUGUCACUGGGCCCCGCCGUGGCUCAGCUGCCACAGCCAGCCCUGCGCCUCAGUGGCCCCUGGGCCUGGUCACCCUGCCUGCAGCCCUCGCAGCUCCCAGCCCUGCGCAGCACCCACACUGUGACCCCGCCAGCCCCAGGCCCCCUGCAUGCACCUGUGCAGCACUGACACUGUGACCCCGACCCCGCCCCAGACCCCGCCGUGCCAUCGCUGCACCCCUCGCCCUGCCCAUUGCCGCCCCGGUCAGUGCCGACGUGCUGACCCUGCCCAGCAUCAUACCCACCGGUAGCCCCCUUCCCACGGCUCCCCCGGGGCACGGGAAGAUGCGCCGAGCCCUUCCCGCCAGCCGGCCAGGUUAGAGCCAACACAGCACAUGGGCGCAGCCCUCCCGGGGUCUCCACCCAGCGCCAGCGCCAGUGCCAGCGCCAGCCUCACCCACAGCACACGGCCCUUGCACGCGUGCACACACACACAGCCACAUCCCUCCCACCCCCCACACACACGCAGUCCCCCCGGCACGGGCACCGGCUGAGCCCACACGCUGUAUAUUUGUACAUAGUUGCCAGCAGCCCCAGUUCGUGGCAGAGCCCCGGGGCGGGGGUGCACUGGGCCGUGCGGUGCAGCAGGGAGCCCGGGGCUCCCCGGGGUGGCUCACGGGGACGCUCAGGCUUGGUCCGGGGACAGCAGGUGGGCAGUACUGGCCAAACCCCAGGGCUGUUCCCUGCCAGCCUAACGCGGCGCUGGCGGGUCGUGGGGUUGGGGCGGCUCCAGGGCACCGCGCAGGCCUGAGCUCAGGGCAGCCCUGGGAGUUGCAGGGCUGCGCUCUGCCCCUUUCUGUCACUGCGGGCAGGGAAGGGGGCAGCUGUCGCAUGCCCGCGCCCCCAGGAUGUGCAUCCAUGCCAAGCUGCGCAGCGGGGCUUGCCAGGCAUUGCCUGGACCCACGGGGACAGGGACAGCCAGGGGAGCGCGUUCCUCGGCCAGCGGCUGUCUGUGCCCUGCGGAGCCCUGAGGCCUGGGCUGUUCCCAGAGCGCGGCCCCUAACACCCCUAACCCCAGCCCCAGCCGAUGGCGCAGCCGCAGCGCCUAGAGCCCCACAAGCACCUGCUCCAAGCCAGGGCGCAGCCCUGGAAGAGCCGCGGGGAGCGCCCACCCAUGCAUCGGCCCA